AUGAAUUUUCCACGGCAGAGGCUGGCGGAAAGGAGCACGAAGUCUGUUCCAAAGGAAUCCAUGCGGAGGAGCCGCGCAAGGUGCGGGGGGACAGCUGUGGAUGUGAGGGAGCAAGCCAACGCGUUGACUCAGAGCAACACUCCUAUGCAGGCUACGGUGCGGCUCGUGGAGAAGGGUGUGGACGUGGAAGAGUGGCCAUCCAAAGCAGACUUGACAAAGGCCAGGAGACGAACCACCAGGCAGCCGGACAGGGGAGCUGAAGCGGGAGGGGGCACUACCUUGGGGCAGUGGCUGGAGCACCUCAAAGAGAUCGAUGACGCAGAGACACCGUGGCAGACUAUUGCACGGGCAGAUGGCUGCGGAGUUGUCAUGGGGAAGCAGGCAGUGGGCAUUAUCUGGUUGGCGCGCAUGAUUGCACCUACAAAGUUUUCUCCAGCGACUGGGGGUUGUGGAAGUUUUGUCUUGUGCAAGAGAUAUGACGAGGAAGGGCUGCCGCGCACAAGCUUGGCGACGAUUGCUUUGGGGUAUGUGCCCAAGGAAGGGGAGGAGCAGAUGGUGACGGUUCUGCACCUUCUGAAAGAGUGGCAUGAGCAGCGCGGCAACAAAUUGGGCGAAAUGUUGCACCAAGUGCAUGCAGAUGAAAGCCAGGCUGGGCAAAAUGCCUUGAGAAGAGUCUUUCCCGGCACUGUCUUCAUUCUGGAUGUGAGACACCAGCUGGCCACGAUCGUUCGGCGUGGUGGAGCUAGCAAGGAGACCAAGAGCAUGGUGGCAGCAAAUUUACAGUUCGCAUUCAGUGCGCUAGGCUUUUCCCAGCCCCUGUUCCAUCUCUACAUUGACAGCCUCCUGCAGCGCCUUGUGGAAUUAGGCGAACUAGAUUUCGCGCAGUACCUGCAGACAGAAGUCGUCGAGAAAAGGAAGGUUGGCUUGGAGGAGAUGUGGACAUCCCCAUGUCGAUGCCAUGUGUCUGUGCUUGGCACCCCUCCCAAGUUUCAGUCCCAAGAC